AUGGGUGCGUUUAUUGCCAAGAUGCUGCUUCCUACAGUCAGCAGUCUGGUGUUCCUGCCUGCAGCCAGCGUGGCCACCAAGAGGGGCUUCCACAUGGAGGCCAUGGUCUACUUCUUCACGAUGUUCUUCACCGCGAUUUACCACGCAUGUGAUGGACCAGGUCUCUCCAUCCUGUGUUUCAUGAAAUAUGACAUUCUCGAGUACUUCAGUGUUUACAGCACAGCUCUCUCCAUGUGGGUCACACUCAUAGCUCUGGGCGACUUUGAUGAGCCCCAGCGCUCCAGUAUAACCAUGUUUGGAGUCCUGACGACUGCUGUGAGGAUCUACCAGGAUCGCUGGGGCUAUGGGAUCUACUCCGGACCCAUUGGAUCCGCUGUCUUCAUCAUCACUGUCAAAUGGCUGCAGAAGAUGAAGGAGCUGAGGGCGGUGUAUCCAGAGAAGAAAGUGUACACGCAGCAGGUCGGUCCAGGCUGCUGCUUUGGUGCUCUCGCUCUGAUGCUGCGUUUCUACUUUGAGGAGUGGGACUACGCCUAUGUUCACAGCUUCUACCAUCUGUCUCUGGCUGUGUCCUUCGUCCUGCUACUGCCAAAGAAGAACCGCUACGCAGGGACGGGACGAAACGCAGCUAAGCUUAGCUGCUUCACUCUCUGCUGCUGCUCAAUGUCCCCUGCUACUUCUAAAGAGAAGAAAGACAAGCCAAAGAAGAAAUCGUCUCGGACCGUGUGGACAAUCCCCACUGAAAAGCUGUGGACACGAGGCUGUAGCACCCCAACUCUGCCUCUUUACAACCCCCCGCCCUCCACGCCAAUCAAAGGACCCAGCAUCAGCAAACUCAAAGAGAUGAAUGGCUGGAAGUGA